UUCCAUCUUAUCUAACGCUGGAAUCAAUCUUAUAAUCACCACCAACAUAAAAAGUGUUCAAUAUGGUAAAUUAUUACUAAACUUGGGAAAUGCUUUAACUGCAUUAAGCGGUUCGGGUGAAUUGGUUCUUAAAUCAGAAACAUAUCGUCAUAUACUUGCCAUGUGUCAAUGGGAGGCUAUGGAAAUACUUGAUGACUCGGAAAUUCCAUUUACAUCAUUUAAUCACAAGAUGCCGAUAAGGAUCAUGCCAUAUGUUUUAUAUGCACCAGAUUGGUUAGUUAAUUUUUUCGUUACCAAAGUUCUCAAGAUGGAUGCUAAAACUGUGACACCUUCGAUGCUUCAAGAUAUUAAAUCAGGUAGAAAAACAGAGAUUGAUGAAUUACAAGGUGAAAUUGUUAGAUUAGGUAAAAUUAUUAGGAAAGAUAGAGAUGAAGGUGCAAUUAUCAUGGAUGGUGUUAAAGUUGGAGAUUGUGAUCGUUCUCUAACGCCAUAUAAUGAUCGAGUUUUAGAGUUGGUAAAGUUGGUAGAAGAAUGGAUGGAGGUGCAUAAAGAAGGAUGGAAAGUCAGUAUUGAGGCAGAUGAGGUCUUAGCAUUUAUCGAACAUGGCAUUGUGCCUCAAGCUUUGCAAUCUUGA